GCGAAGGCAGCUGUGUGAUUGAGGAAGGCUUCACGGCGGCCGACGACCGUUCAUAACAAAGGCGAGAGGCAGAUUUUUAUUUAGAGUCAACACAGUUUCAUCAGAUAAGCGCUAAAUUGUUGAGGAUCAGAAAGAGCAACAACGACCGCUAUCGUCGUGCUAAUUGGGAAGCGCACCAUGUCGGCUAUCUGUGGACCCACAGGCUGAAGUGGUCUGAUCGUUCUGGAGAGCUGGGAAGUGAGAGAUGGGGAACACGGCCACUAAGUUCCGCAAAGCACUGAUCAGUGGAGAUGAGGUUCUAGCCUAUCAGCUCUACGAGGGCAACCCUCAGUUCAAAGAGUCUCUGGACCCCAACACCUCUUAUGGAGAACCGUACCAACACAACACUCCGCUCCAUUAUGCUGCCAGACAUGCCAUGACUCGCAUACUCAGGUCCUUCCUCUUCAGCAAGGACGGGAACCCCAACAAACGUAACAUGCACAAUGAGACCACACUGCAUGUGUUGAGCAUGGGGCCAAAUAUCUUGCUAUCCGAAGGGGCUCUGCAGCCUCGACUAGCCCGUCCCUACGAAGAUGAACGCAGACGGGCUGAGUGCCUCCAGAUGAUCCUGAAGUGGACCGGCGCCAAACUGGACCGUGGUGAAUAUGAGAGUGCUGACGUCAGUGCCACUGAUAACAAGAAAAACACACCACUACACUAUGCCGCUGCCUCAGGGAUGAAGACGUGUGUGGAGUUUCUGGUGAAGCGUGGUGCAGACUUGUUUGCAGAGAAUGAGAACAAGGAGACCCCAUGUGACUGUGCAGAAAGGCAGCACCAUAAGGAGCUUGCGCUCAGUCUGGAGUCUCAGAUGGUCUUCUCCACUGACCCCCAUGCAGAGGAUAUUGAGGCAGAGUAUGCAGCCUUAGACCGCAGGGAGUUUUAUGAAGGUUUGCGAGUGCAGGACCUCAGGAGACUAAAGGACAUGCUGAUAGUAGAGACGGCAGAUAUGUUGCAGGCUCCUCUCUUCACAGCAGAGGCUCUUCUUCGGGCUCAUGACUGGGACAGGGAGAAACUCCUGGAAGCCUGGAUGUCUAAUGCUGAAAACUGCUGUCAGCGCUCAGGUGUUCAGAUGCCAACUCCCCCACCCAGAGGUUACAACACCUGGGACACCCUGCCCUCGCCCCGUACGCCUCGCACCACGCGCUCCUCCAUCACCUCCCCGGACGAAAUCAGCCUGACCCCUGCUGAUGAUGAUCGAUCCUUGUGCGGCAUUUGUAUGUGUGCAGCCUCCAUGUUUGAGGAGCCUGUUGAUAUUCCUUGUGGUCACGAGUUCUGCAGAGGAUGCUGGGAAAGUUUUCUGAAUAUGAAGAUUCAGGAGGGGGAGGCCCACAAUAUCUUCUGCCCAGCCUAUGACUGCUUCCAGCUGGUUCCUGUUGAGGUGAUUGAGAGCAUUGUGUCCAGAGAGAUGGACAAACGUUAUCUGCAGUUUGACAUCAAGGCAUUUGUGGAGAAUAAUCCUUCCAUCCGGUGGUGCCCGCGGGCUGGCUGUGAUAGAGCGGUGCGAUUGGCCGGACAGGGGCCAGGUGCCAGCACCUCUGACCCGCUCAGUUUUCCUCGCCUCCAGGCCCCUGCGGUGGACUGUGGCAAGGGCCAUCUUUUCUGCUGGGAGUGCCAAGGAGAGGCCCAUGAACCAUGUGACUGCCAAACUUGGAAGAUGUGGCUCCAGAAGGUCUCUGAUAUGAAACCAGAAGAAUUGGCAGGUGUAAGUGAGGCGUAUGAAGAUGCUGCCAACUGCCUGUGGUUACUCACCAACUCCAAAUCCUGUGCCAACUGCAAAUCUCCCAUUCAGAAGAAUGAGGGCUGUAACCACAUGCAGUGUGCCAAGUGCAAAUAUGAUUUCUGUUGGAUCUGUCUGGAAGAGUGGAAAAAACACAGUUCCUCUACAGGAGGUUACUACCGCUGCACACGCUAUGAGGUCAUUCAGCAAGUGGAGGAGCAGUCUAAAGAGAUGACCGUUGAGGCAGAGAAGAAACACAAGAACUUCCAGGAAUUGGAUCGCUUCAUGCACUAUUACACACGCUUUAAAAAUCAUGAGCACAGUUACCAGCUGGAAGAACGUCUGCUUAAGACGGCCAAAGACAAGAUGGAACAACUUAGCAACGUUCUGAGUGGAAGAGAAGGCGGCCCACCAGAUACUACUUUCAUUGAAGAUGCAGUGCAUGAACUACUUAAGACUCGUCGUAUUCUCAAGUGCUCUUACCCUUAUGGGUUCUUUUUGGAGCCCAAAAGCACAAAAAAGGAAAUAUUUGAACUUAUGCAGACUGACUUGGAAAUGGUGACGGAAGAUCUUGCACAGAAAGUCAACCGGCCUUACCUCCGCACUCCUCGUCAUAAAAUAAUCCGCGCUGCCUGCCUGGUGCAGCAAAAGAGGCAGGAGUUUCUGGCCUCUGUGGCAAGAGGUGUGGCGCCCAAUGAUUCGCCCGACGCGCCUCGACGCAGUUUUGCUGGUGGAACAUGGGACUGGGAGUACUUGGGUUUCGCUUCUCCUGAGAUCCAGAGGAAUCAUGCCUUUCUCGGGGGAAUUGAUCCGAGAGAGCACUGUCAGUAUACAGGAAGCCAUCCGCAGGCGUAUGCUGAGUUCCAGUACAGACGCAGACACAGGCAGCGCAGGAGAGGAGACAUGGCCAGCCUCCGCAGCAACACACCUGACCCUGAUGACCCAGGCCACAGCACUUUAGACGCACAAGAGAUCGGUGGUGGUCAGAGACCAGGUUUGCCCAUGCCCCACAGUUCCCUAGAUGAGGAUGAUCCCAAUAUCCUGUUGGCCAUCCAGCUUUCCCUGCAGGAGUCUGGGCUGACUGCAGGCGGAGCUGGCCUCGACGCUCAAGAGAUCCUCGCUAACGAGGCGUCUCUGGGGGCCAUCGGGACAUCCCUGCCCACACGGCUGGACCCGGUGCUAUGCGGGAUAGACGUGCCCCGUGCUGCCCUGAGCAGCUCGGAGCUGUUAGAGGUGGGUGACAGCCUAAAGAAGCUCGGUAAUAUCAGUGGCCAGAAUGUCCCUCCGCGUUACGACAAUCUCAACAAUCCUUCCUGUGAGUCCACCGAGGGCCCCUUCCAAGCUCCUUCGGCACGUACGGAAACCUCCGAUUUCAAUUCGGACAACGCCAACCUUCUAGGCAACAUCAUGGCUUGGUUUCACGACAUGAACCCGCAGAAUAUCAGUUUGGUUCCUUCUGCUGGUGAGUUUGGCAUUCAGUCGGCGAGAAUGACAACAGAGCCGACCGAGUGCGCCGUUCCACAGUGGACACCGGGGGGCGAUAGAGAGGCGGAGCGCGAAUCCGACUCCGCUAUCGAGCGUGAGCCCGUCAGGCCCACACAGUUAGACCUGGUAGGUCUCGAUAUGUGUCCGGUGCCUCCCGCUUCUUCUGUCGAGUUGGGCGAAACUCCGAGCUCUUUGAACCCGUGUCAGGACACCCCUAAAUGUGACUCAGACCCCGACCAGCCUAGCAGUAGCUCCUCUGAAUGGGAGGGUCAAGUACAUCUUGUAUGAAAUCCCGAAAUCACUUACUAGCUAAGGCACUUUUUCGAUGAAGUAGCUGAAGCCGAGGAACAAGAUUAAUCACGAGAAGCUUUGCAUCGUUCGAUAUGUAGAAAUUGAAACCGUUUUUGAGUACUCGCUCAGGCCUUUGUGCUUAUGAGGCAUGUUUGCUCAAAUAAAAAAAAAAUAAAAAAAAAAUAAAAAACUUGUUCCAAUCCUGGAGUGUUAAGCACUUUUAAAGUCAACAACCGAACCGGAAAGUGCGACAGGAAGUGAGGUAGUCCGAAAAAUCUACUGUAUAGAACAGGACUGUAUUCAGCGUGAGCUCGCCUGAUUUAAAAGGAUGUAAAAGAUACUGUAGGUGCCAAAAAAACACUGGCUAGCACACGCCGAGUGGACGCUGUGCUGAUCGUGCCUGCUGCUGAGGGCCUAGCCGCCCUGUCGAGUACACUAUCCUUCCUUUAAACUAGACCUGUAGUAUUAGAGAAGUUACACAACAGCAUCACGCUCAGAAGAGCUGGGCUGAUAAUCACAGAAACUAAAAGAAGAGUAAUUCUAGUUGCAGUCGACUUUUUCUGGUCAAACGUAAUCACUGUAAUCCGUCACCGGCUAAUUAGAACGGAAAGUAAAAGUACCGGCGAGUUUAAACUCGGUUGAGGAGCGCUGCGCUGGAUCUGGAAAACGUUUUGUCUUUGCAACUUAUUACAGUGCCUUUUCUGUGAAACUUCUCUUUAUUUAUAGCCGCCGCUCUCUUGCGCUCGGAGCCCGGAGCGUGGGAAGUUCCAAUACACAUCGUACUUGAACUUUCAGGUGGCGGUUAAGCAGACUUAGCUCAAUGUUUUUUAAAAGACAUUUUUAUACAUUGGUUGUUUGGUUGUCCUUUGGCAUGCCCCUUCUCCUGGCUUGUUUUUAAAGCAGUUAUUUAAACGAAGCCGGACGUAUUUACGGAUUAAAUCAAUCUAUAUUUAAAAAGAAACCGUUCGUUGUGUGUUAAGAUGAGAUUUCCACACGGCCACGUGUAAAAAUGAAAUUCUCAAAUGUAAAAAUGCAAAAAUCCGUAGAUGUUUUUGCUGGUGCAUCUCUAAUAGAAAUGUAUAAAUUUUUUUUUUUCUUGAAAAAUGUUCUCCUCCAGAAUAUCUAAGACCUCUAGAUCUUUCUGUAGAGAAAAAGGCAUUUCAUUGCGAUGGCCAGAAGCUGUUUUAGCUUCAAAUAUCACAUUUCUAUAUUCGGUGGAACUCGCACACAAUCAAUUUUUUUUUUAUUUUUACGAUUAAUUUAACUGUGGUAUUUCUCUACGAUAAAUUAUGGAAAUGAAUUUUCUAUUUAUUUAAAAUUGAAUGUCCUAAAAAAUGAAUGGAGAUGAAGGUAAAGUUGGUGAUGACGAAAAAAAAAAAUAUGAGCAACAUCUAAAAUAUAUAUAUAUAUAUAUAUAAUUAUUUUUUUAUGUAUAUAUCAAACUGUAAUAACACAGUGCCACUUUUCAAUAUUUGCAUAUAGCAUAAAACAUGUCUGCUGAAAUAAUUGUUCGAAGCCAUUGAAAUGAAUUAACAGAAUGUUUUUGAUUUGCUUUUCAUUGACAAAACCACUAAAUCACAGCAGCACUAAGUUUUAAGCACUUCAGAAAAUUUGCACAAAAUUAGCUCGCAUUUCAGCUAUGGAUUAACACUUUUUUUUUUUAGCUCAUAGGUUUGCCGUUAUAUUUCGGGUGAGCGGACGGCUCAUCUUUUAAUGUGGGCUUGAUGUCAUAUGUAUGUUGAUUCUAACCUAAUGUCCGAGCGCAGUAUUGCACUGCGUAAAACUGAAAAUGAAGGCAAACCUGUCUGUUAAGUGGUAUUUUGGCAUCAUUCCAUUCGUCAAAGUUUGGGGGAGUGCACACAUGACUUUUUUUCUUUUUUUUUUUUCUUCUGUAUGUACAGUUCGUAUGUGUGACCGGAAUGGGUUAAGCUCACUAAAUCGCAGUAUUUCUUCAGACUAAUGUAUGUCGCCAAAGGUGAAGGUGGAGCUAAUGUCUGUUUUAAAUGAAGCAUAUGGUAGAUCUGUCCAAAAAAAAAAAAAAAAAAAAAAAAAAGCGAAUGACAGAAGUUAUCCUGUAUGUGACAGUAUGCUGUGCAUUAAGUAAUUAAAAUAAAAAUAGAUAAUGUUUUCUUGACAAAAGACCGUUUAAGUGUCGAGGCUAUUGUUUGGGGGAUUGGGUGGCUUUGUUGGGGGUGGGUGGGAGAAAAGAACAUUUUGUAACUCAUUGCAGAUUUUAUAUUGUUAAGCACCUAAUCCUUGAAAUGGUAUUUGCACUUUCAUAAUCUUUACUUGAUACAUUCCCAAUUUAUAUGGAAAAUACAAAUGUGUGAUGUUUGGCCAUUGAAUUGGACCGAUUUGAGUGUGAAUCUUAAUAAAGUUGCUAAGACAA